AUGCAACUGAGCAGAAAGUUUGAUGCAUCAAGCUUGAUGGUGAUGAAUGAAGAAAGGUUCGAAAUUAGUAAUGAGAGAUUUGGAGGAAGUGCGGUUGAAGCCAUGAGAGAAGAUAACAAAGGAGUAGAAGGAGCCAUAGAUCAACUCUUUGAUAAUCUUAUUGGAAAGCUUGAUUUGAUUCAUCGAAGAAGUAAAAUUAUCUUAACCACUAGGAACAAGCAUUUGUUAAAGACUAAUGAAGUUUAUAUAUUUAAGAUAAAGGAGCUUGAUUCUAAUAAAUCAUUGGAGCUUUUUAGUUGGCAUGCUUUUGGACAAGACCAUCCCCUUGAAAGAUACUUUGCUCAUUCACAAAGUGUAAUGUGGCAUUGCAGAGGGCUUUCUUUGGCUCUUAAACUUUUGGGUUCUUCUCUGUCUGACAAAAGAUUAGACAUAUGGAAAAGUGCAUUACAAAAACUAAAAAAUAAUCCUGAGAAACGCAUACUGGAAAUAUUGAAAAUAAGUUACGACACUUUGGAUGACCAUGACAAGAAUUUAUUCCUUUAUAUUGCUUGUUUAUUUAACCAAAGGGGCAAAGAUUCCACCGUUAGAAUUCUAGAUGCAUGUGAUUUCUGCUCAGAAAGAGGCAUGGAUAAUCUCAUUGACAGAUGUCUCUUGACGUUUACACAAAAGAUAUUGAUGAUGCAUCAUUUGCUUCAAGACAUGGGAAUAUACAUUGUUCGACAACAAUCAUCCAAUGAGCUGGGUAAAUGUAGAUUGUUGGGGUGCCACGAGGAUUCCUUUAAUAUAUUGAGGAGAAAAAUGGGAACAAAAAAAAUUGAAGGCCUCUACCUUGAUAUGCAUGUUUUAGAGAAAGAAAGUUGGUUCAACAAAACCUUUUGUGACUUGGAAAUUGCAUUUGCGAGUAUGGAAAAUCUUAUAUUGCUCAUGCUCAAUGGUGUUGAAAUCAAGGGAGGAUACACGGAAUUUCCUAAGAGAUUAAGAUGGUUGUCUUGGCAUGGAUAUUCUCAAAAAUCCAUACCAAGCGAUUUUUCUUUAGAGAGUCUAGUUGGUCUUGAAUUGUGGAAUAGCAAGUUGGAGCAUAAUUUGGAUUUAAGUGGAAAUCCUAUUUAUAGUCUUCCAGAAAGCAUCAAAGGUCUUAUUGGGCUUCGAUCACUUAGUUUAUAUCAUUGCACAAGACUACAAUCACUGUCGGAACUUCCGAUAGGUGAAUGCAGUUCACUGGAGAUGAUAACAAAUAUUCCUAAUUGGACUACAUAUCUGGGUUUGAACACAGAUGGUUGUGAAAAACUAGUUGAGGUUCAAGGGUUUUUCAAGUUAGAGCCCAUUGGCAAUGCUGAUGCAAAAAUAAUUAACAGCUUGGGCUUAAUUGAGUUGGAAUCCAUGGGAAGCCUGGAGGUGGACUUGUGGAACAACAUAACAGACACACACAAGAAAUAUCUACUUCAGUGUGGUUCUUUCCUCGUGUACAUUUUCGAGGGAUUUAAUUAUGCAUCAAAGUUGGGCAGACAGAGUGAGGAGUUUGGAUUAUGCAUCAAAGUUGGGCAGACAGAGUGA